GAUGUUAAGUCAGUGCAGUGAGAAACUUUCGAGCAGCAGCUAGGAAAAAUAAUAUAUAUUCCUUUUCAACAUGAAUUCAUUGGCAAGAAUAUUGUGCGCCCUCGUAGCAGUGGCAGUAACAAUCGCAGCACCGGCAUCCGAGCCUGUAGUUGUCAACGAGCUAGCUAGAUCUCACAAUGAAAUUCCUAUUCUCAAGCAAGCUGUAGAUGGGCCCAAUCCUGAUGGUUCCUAUAAUUACAACUACGAGACCGGUAAUGGCAUCCAGGCUCAGGAAGACGGUCACCUGAAUAAUGCGGGCACCGAUCAGGAAAUUCUGGAAGCGCGAGGCAGCUACAGCUACACUGAUGCGGAAGGAAAUACCUUUCAGGUCUCGUACGUAGCCAACGAGAACGGAUUCCAACCGGAAGGUGCUCAUUUACCUGAGGUGCCGCCACAAAUUAAAAGGGCCCUUCAAUACAUUGCUGAACACCCCGAGGAGAACGGCGAAUAAACAUACUGAAUGUAAAUAUGGACAAAAUCGACAAUUCGCAGACGAGUCUUGACAAGAUGAUAUCGAAAAGAGCCUAGCGCAGACUCGAUCACGGUCACUUUGAGGAUUGACAGAUACAUUCGAUCUUCGUAGAGACCGUUAAUCUCGAGAAUCCGCUAUUCCCGUCGUGAUUAUGUUUGUAUUUGUAUAAUAUUGUUAAUAAAUUUAUACAAUAUUUGCACAUAAUAUUAAUUCUAUGCCAUCGGCACAUUGUAAAUCUUGCAAAAUAAAUAUAUCAAUAUUUGAAUAAUAA